AUGCCGUCCGCCGAGCAGAUUCGUGACUCGAUCAAGGGAAAUGAACCAAUGAUCUCGACUACCGGAACGAAGCUGCUGAUCGUCUGUGAAAGAAGCUUUCCGCUCGACCAAGGACCAAAACACGCAGAUGCGUCGAUCGAUAGAUCGAUCGGCGAUUAUUUGAUUAAUUUAACUCCGAAGCAUAUUUUACUUUCGAUGUUCACCGGUGUCGCCGACACACAAGGCAAACAAUGCUGCAAUUUGCCUUGGGUUCGGUCGGCGGCACGUGUCUACGCGAAGUGCCGAGAGCUGAGGAGUUUUUCACCCAUGCCGAGCAAAGACAUACUGAAAAAUGCAGACCUGCGAACACUCUCCUCGAAACAGGUGCGCCUUCAGCUGCAAUGCAAGUUCGGUUUGGACCUAUCUAGCAGAAAACAGGAAAUCGAUGACAUUUUGAUGAGCAUCAUCAACGAGAACGACACGGAAACCGCUGGCGCCUCUUCAGCUCAAAACGAGUCGAAGUCCGCUUCCGAAUCGUCCUCUUCAGACUCCGAUGACUCGGGUCCAAUUGAGAACACUACUUCUGGCAAAAGAAAGCGACAGGAAAAAAGCGGCGCAGCGAAACGUGCGGCGGACGUCAGCGAUGUUUCUUCCGGCGUUCAGUUAGACGACGAGGCGUUGGCGCGCAAGUUGCACAACGAGGAGUUGCGGGUGCGCCAGAGGAAGUUGGACAAAAAGGGCAAACGCGUGAAGAACGGCAAAAGCGAAGAUGGGUCUGCGUCCACCCCCGCCGCCCCCAAAAAAGGAAAAUCCGUCUACAGCCAGGAGUGCGUCCUUUCGCCGGAAUUGGCCUCGGUCAUGGGUACGGACAAGGUGAGUAGCUGCUGA